AUGGACAUACGACACCAACAGAUCGAUUGCCAGGGAACCCCGAGCGGGAAGUCCGGCGCGCCCGAAGCGCCGGCAGGGCAGUCUGCUCAACGGAGCUCUGCCCUCGAAGCCUGGUAUGCUUACGGCACCGGCAAGGCAGACUCAAGAGAGCUUUGUCUUUCCAAGUCCGGCACACUCAUAUGUCGCCGGCAGAGCAGGCUUACGGGAGCUCUGCCCUCAAAGCCCGGUGCUCACGGCACCGGGACGGCAGGCUCACAAGAACUCUGUCCUCCCUCGAAGUCCGGCAAGUUUGUGGCACUGGCAAGGCAGGCUCACGAGAGCUCUGUCUCCAAAGUCCGGCACUCACGGCACCGGUACGGCAGGGCAGAGUCCCUCACAGGUAAUGCCCGCCGAUGCGUGGUAGGCAGGAAGCCCUGCGGCACGCCGCAGGCAGUCAAUACCGGGAGCACACGGCACUGUCCCGCUCUCGGCGCCGUAGUGAACGGCACUCAGGUAGUCCUGCCACGCAAAAUCGUCGCAUGGUUGACUGACUUACACAAGCUCGUCGUGAAUGCCGUAUUCUAUGAUCUUACCGUUUCUGCCCAACAGGAGAAGGAGAAGGAGAAGAAGGAGAAGGAGAAGGAGGAGAAGGAGAAGGAGGAGAAGGAGGAGGAGAAGGAAAAGGAAUAG